GUUCUGGCUGGGUAGCAGACUAUAGGUGGUGUGGGUGAAAUUUGGGACUGGUUUAAGGCGGGGACAAGACCCAGAACACAGGCUUCCUUGUGCUGCUGGAGAGGGAGGGCAGGAGGGAACUGGAGACCCUGUUCCUCCCUUAGGCACUCUCUUGCUUACAGUCCACGAUGGCUUGGUCCUUGGUGUUCCUUGGUGUUGUCUUGCUGUCUGCCUUCCCAGGUCCUAGUGUUGGGGGCCACCUGAUGCCCAAGCUGGCUGACUGGAAGCUGUGUGCUGACGAGGAAUGCAGCCACCCCAUCUCCAUGGCUGUGGCCCUUCAGGACUACGUGGCCCCCGACUGCCGUUUCCUGACCAUACGCCAGGGCCAAGUCGUGUAUGUCUUCUCCAAGCUGAAGGGCCGAGGGCGGCUCUUCUGGGGAGGCAGUGUUCAGGGAGAUUACUAUGGAGACGUAGCUGCUCGCCUGGGUUAUUUCCCCAGUAGCAUUGUACGUGAAGACCAGACCCUGAAGCCUGGCAAAACUGAUGUGAAGACAGAUAAAUGGGAUUUCUACUGCCAGUGAGCUCAGUCUACCGCUGUCUCUGCUGUUGUUUUUCGCUGACUUUAUGCAAAUACAUCAGCCAAGUGCAAAC